UUGAUGAGAUAAUGCCCAAAUCAUAUCGACACAAACUAGCUCAUCACCAGGAUCUGGAUCCUGUGAAAUAUAGCAUCCCCACUAGGUUUGUUGAUGAACUAAAAAAUAAUAGAACAAUCAGUGCUACAGAUAGCAGUUACUUUUAUUCAGGGCAGGCAUCUGCCAGCAAUUUUGUAGAUUGUGAGGAAUCCAAUGACGAUGAAUAUGACGAUGAUGAUGAAGAAAACAAAACCUCUAAAGAAUUAGUUAAGGAUCCUAUCCAUACCACAGAAUUUAAUAAUUGUCUAUCUUCUGAGCUUAAAUUUACAUUUGAAAAGUGUGAUCCACCGAAAUGUAGUCAGACAAGUUCUAGCCCAGUUAAAGUACAUCCUAAUGGAGAAGCUGUAGCAGAUGUGCCAAAAUGGGACAUGUUCUUCAAACAUGAGCUUGUAUCAGAAGAUGAGCAUUCUGAAACAGAAGACACUUGUGCUAAUUCCAAAGGUAUUGGUGGUUCCCUGUCUCCUAAUCUGUUCAGUGAUUCUGAUGGUGAUUCAACUUGUAUUUCUUCUCAGACAUCAUCUCAAUCAACACACAUUUCAGAAAUGGGAAGCCAAGAUCAUGACAGUCAGAAAGACACUGUGUUAAUUUCAUCUGAAGAAAGAAGACAGGAUUGCUCAAAAAUUGUCAACAGAGACGCAUGCUUUUUAGGAAGUAUAGCUGCACCUUAUUUUGGACAUAACCAGAAAGAAGAUAGCUUGGAAGUUUUAAUGCAGAAUAAACAACAUUCAGAGAUUGAUGACAGAUUGGCUGCAAAGGAACCGGAUCGUGUAGUGGCAGUCUGCAAUUCUUCCCCAGGUAAUUUGUCAAAGGGUAACUUAGAAUGUAGUGAAAAAUGUGCAGUGAGAGCAGAGGAGCACAGACCAGUAACUGUAACUACUAAUACGAAAUCAGAUUCUCAGACUUCCUCUGACUUCGAAAUCCCAUCAACUCCCGAUUCUGAACUGCCCGAAUCGGAAAAGCUGGGUGAGCUGUAUAGAAAACUAGCUGCAGGAGAACCUAUUAAAACUGAGAAAAGUAACUGGUCACUUCUCUUGUAAAUGCAGACUUUUUAUGAUUUUUUUCACCUUGGAUCAUUCAUUUUCUUGAUCUGGAUUGUAAGUAUUGUAUAUAUCUUGGACAACCACUCUGUGGACUGAUUGAAAAAAAUAACAUGCCGAUUUGGUAUAUUUAUAUAUUUUUUUCUUAUUUUGAAUCAAGUAUUCAUGCAGUAUCGUAUAAAAUCAGUUUUGCAACAUGCAGUCAAUGAUGUGUUCUGUUGUAUAAUACAGAAAUAACUUAUACAAUUUCACAGACAAAA